ACAAACGGUCAUCAAGCGCGGCUUUGCCGACAUGGAGAACGCCGCCGCGGAACGGCCUUGUCUCCGUUUCGUACUUCGAUAUUGAAAAGACAAUCGCAGUCGUCGCUCAGUUCCGGACUAUAUCAUCGAACGAUCGCUCCGACGACGAUACGUCAACUUUGAAAGGAAGUCAACCCACCAGGUAGAGCUUUUAAUUAAGCUCUCGUCCCAGAUACCACGGACGCAGAAGCAGGAUAUCUGCAGGAAGGUCAGAUUUACUCUCACAUCAUUACUGGAAUAAUGAAACGCGAGGCUGACGGUGGAGCCAUGACAGGCGGCGGGGGCGGCGGAGGUGGUGGAGGCGGUCCAACCAGCCCCCACAAACGAUACCGUCAAGGCGACGACGAACUCCGUCUUCUGAUACCCAGCAAGGUUGCUGGUUCUAUUAUCGGCAAGGGCGGUCAGAACAUCACAAAACUUAGAAGCCAGUACAAAGCCUCAAUCAUUGUACCCGACUGUCCCGGACCUGAACGAAUUCUGACGAUCAGCUCGGACUUGGACACCGUAUUGCAGGUCGUUAACGAAGUAGUACCAAACCUUGAGGAGAACGGAUCGAGGUACGGAAACGAUGAAAUCGACGUCCGCAUGCUGGUACACCAGAGCCAGGCCGGCUGCAUCAUCGGCAAGGGAGGAUUCAAGAUCAAGGAGCUCAGAGAGAAAACUGGCGCCAGGAUUAAAAUCUACUCCAACUGCUGUCCUCAAAGUACCGACAGACUCGUCAGCAUUUGCGGCAAGCCCAGCACCUGCGUCGACAGCAUCAGAGAGAUCAUUAGCCUCAUCAAGACCUCCCCGGUGAAGGGAAUCAACAACCCGUACGAUCCUCACAACUACGACGACUUCUAUGCCGAGGAAUACGGUGGUUAUGGCGGCGGCGAUGGUCCCGGGGGGCAGAACAAAGGUGGCGGUUACGGGGGCCCAGGUGGACGGGGCGGCGGCGGCGGAGGCGGCGGAGGAAUGCCGCGGAGGGAGGGUCGCGGGGGUGGCGGCGGUGUCGGGGGCGGAGGAGGAGGCGGCGGCGGCGGAGUUGGCGGUCCGCCCGACAUGAAUCGCGGAUUUCCACCACAGCAAUCGCGGGGAGGACCCCGAGGAGGCAACAUGUCAGGGCCGCCUGAUCGCGGAUACGGAGGCGCUGCCCGCGGCGGCGGGGGCGGCGGUGGAGGCGGGGGAGGCGGGUACGACGGGGGCCGCGGGGGCGGCGGCGGCGGCGGCGGAUACGGCGGAAAUCGCGGAGGACCUCCGCCCUACGGCGGCGGAGGCGUGGGAAACUAUAACGAUAACGGAUGGGGAAUGCAAGGAGGAGCCCCGAAUGGUAUGGGAGGUGCCGGUGGGGGAGGGAAUUCGGGAAUGGGUGGCAUACCUUUGGGAGGUAAUCAAGGAGGUAAUGCAGGCGGUAAUCUUGGGGGCGGCGGAGGCGGAAAGACCAGUACACAAGUCACCAUUCCCAAAGACCUUGCAGGAGCCAUUAUUGGUAAGGGUGGAGCGAGGAUCAGAAAGAUUAGGUCUGACAGUGGUGCAGGGAUUACUAUAGACGAGCCUCUACUUGGCAGCAAUGAUCGCAUAAUCACCAUUAGUGGACUACCAAAUCAGAUACAGAUGGCACAGUAUCUGCUGCAACAGAGCGUGCACGAGAAUUCAGACCACUAUUAAAACAAGAGGAGAAAAGAAACACGGGGGAGCCAAAGAUGCGUUUGUAACAUUUUUUAGAAAUAUUUGAAGAAAAUGAAACCUUACACUGAAAAUCCAGUAAGGAUCUUCCCACUUUGGUCAGCAGAUUAUAGGCGGCCUAAACAUCAGGGGAUAUUUUUUCAGACCACUUUCAGUAGCCGAGUCUUUGUAGAAUAUGUAACUGUACUUUUAGUCAGAGUUGGCAGGCUUCUGUACCGGUCGGUCAGCUAGAGUAAGACUUUUUUUUUUUUUGUUUCAUUUUUAUCAUGUCUUUUCCAUUCAGAAGAUGAGGUGGCCUCACGCAAGCAAUACGCGGUACAAUGUUAUUACGGAUGGCUAAAUCUUUAUCGUUCAAAUUUUCAAUCAUGGUUGUUUUUUUUUUUUUUUUUUGUCGUCUCGUUUUAUGAAACUUAUUUUCGAGAUGGUAAGUAGGAUUGAAAUUUGACUACGGAAUAUCCUAACAAUUUAUUGCUGAGUAGCGCAAGUCUACGAAUUAACUUGGGGGCAACCUAAAAGCUACUGUAUCAGUCUUUUAAAAAAAGACCGGAAUCGGUCGAUUAGCACUUUACUGCGUAGCUUUUCAUGAGAAACCACUGUUGAGACCCUGAACCCUAGCCUAGCUGUAGCUCUUCCGAAAAUCAUAGAUCAUUUAUAUUUCAUUUUGUUUCCGGUCAUUCUGAUUACAUACAGUUUUCUUUUUCUUUUUCCUACCGCAUAUACAAAUAUAUCAAUGUAUAUACACACACGUAUAUAUAUAUAUACACACAUACAGAUAAGUUAAAAAUCUUAGUAACCGUGGAAAAAAAAACGUUCAAACGGGAAAAAUGAUCAUUUCAAAAAAAAAAAAAAAAAAAGAAGAAAAAUCAAAGACGAAUGCAAACUGAUGAAGAGCUUAGCAUUUUGUACAUAAAACAAUCCUCCCACAACAUAACACCGCUGUCAUGUACACUCAGCCUGUACUUGCAUUAUCGAUAAUAUUAAUAAUUAUACACUGUUAUAAUCCAUCCCGAUAUAUACUAAUAAAAUUUUACUUAUAGUAAAUAUGUUAUUAUCAUUAAUCCAUCAAGACAACAUCAGUUUAUUUGUUACGAUAAUUUUACAUUUAGAAAGUUAGAUAGUAUAAUUUUGUAACGUUGGAAAUAUCGAGUACCGAAAUCUUAUUACCGAGAUAAUUGAGUAGACCCGCGUUAAUUCAGACGUUGGCACAGGUACAGAUGUUGAAGGUAAAAUAUCGGUAAUUUUGUUUGAUCAUAUGGUUUCGAUAAUUAGAGGGUAUCCACGGCUGUUAUCAGUAUCGAGCGUGCUUUGACGUCAUCGCCCAUCUACUUGUCGAUUUUUUAAAUUCAUUUUACUCUCGAUUGUAGUCUUUACUCUGCGUUUGCCAUUUUGUUGAACUACCUAUACUACUCUCUGUAGAGGCAAAAUAAACAAAGUUUCAAUGUUAAUUGACAAUUCCCAAACAAAAUUUAACUGUCACAUAUCGUCAUCACUGGUCUGUAGUUUAUUAAUAUGUAAGAUUUCUCUUGAUUUAACGACACACUUGAAAUCAGGUAACGAAAUGAAAUAAAAUAAUCAGAAGUUUCUUUGAUGAAAUUUACUCUGUACACUAACCAUAGCUUAAGAAUACAUAGGGCAUUGUAUCAUACAUAUAUUAUAAUAUACCGAGUAAUUGAAACAAAAAUGAACAGGACAGUUAAUUUAAAAAGUUACGCAGAACCCUGACGGAUACAAAGUUUUGCAAAUUUUGAAGAAACUGAGACUCCGCCUUAACUAUCGAGAUAAUUCAUAAGUAUCCAAAGCAUGAGAGUUAACUGGCAAGUCCAUUCGACGAUACGGCAUACGAAUUUUUUUUUUUUUGUAGCUUUGUAAUGAAAACGUACAUGAUACCGUCAUCGCUUACUUCUUAAGAAUGAUUUAAUUUUAGUGAGUAAUCUGAAACGGAUUACACAGAUGUACAAGUAACUUAGAGCACUUUGUCGCUCGGUAAAAUUGAUAAUCGUAAUGGCAUUCGCCUAAAUGGCACCUCGAUAAUAUUAAAAUUAUUUGUGCUUAAAGGUACCUCCGUCUAACAUUUAAAAAUAUAUCUAAAUCUCCCAUUGGGUUAUCUGCGUCGAUCAAAUAGAAUGAAAAUGUCUGUUAGAAGUAUGUUAAGUAAAUAGAAACUUCAAGCUUUUUUCAAAGAUGGAAUAAUGCUUAUCGAACUUGGAAAGAAUCAAAGUUAUAUGUAGAUACAUAUUUCAUCGGUUUACAAUGGUGGUUUGAACAAAGUGGUUUACCACUUCGUGAAAAAAGCUUGAAUUCGGAAUAGCUUCAUCCUCGUUUCCAUCGCCAUUGUCACUCAAAUCAUAAUCAGUUGCAUUUCAUUUCUAUGAAUACUACACCUAACAUGGGCGCAAUGAAGUGUAAUAUACAGUUUAUAUCAAGUGUAACGAAUAAUUUUUAUUUGUCAGAUAAUAAAAGUUAGUACAAACGAUA